UGAAUAUAAUUUAUUAAAUAUUAAAAAUACAUCAUUUAGUUAAUUAAAUAAUCAAAAACCGUAAAUUCAUAUCCGCGCAGGAUCUAGUUUCAGUUAAUUAUUAAGUCUCAUAACUGUUUAAUAGUUUUUGAAUUUCUUAUGAUUUGUCCGUAAAAUUUUAGAAAAAAAAAACAGAAACAAGAUAAGUCUUGAGUUCCAAGUUUUAGAUAACUAACAUGUGUCCAACUAGUUCCAUAUAAAGAAUAAUCCAAAUAAAAAGAACCUAUAUUCAACAAUCAUAAUAACAACUAGUUCCGCACUCAUUCAUAAUUUGUGCGUAACACUGUUACCAAAACAUGCGAAGCUAUAAGCUCUAAAAAUAAAGAUUGCUAAAAAAAGAAAAAGAGAUCUAUGAAUGAACACAACGAAUGGUCCCCACCCCGCACCAUUCCAAAAAUAUUUCAGUGGGUUGAUAUCUUUUCUUCAGAUCAUUGUCUUUUUUUUUUUUGAUCAACCUAGAUCAUUGUCUUUAUAAACCUUUUUUCACAUCUUCUUUCCUCAACAUCAAUAGCCUAGAGUACAAAAAACCUAUUUUCUCCCAACUUGCAAGCUUCAUGCUCUUAUCACUCCUUGGAUUCCUUGCUCCAUCAAUUCGUUCAAACUAUAGUAUAGUUCCUUUCUAAUUGUGUUGUACGUAUACACACACACGUCUUGUUUUGGGGUUUGUGUGUGAGUCCAUAGUUUAUUGCAAAAAUGGAUAGGAUGUAUGGAAAGGGACCGGCUCCACCGGAAACGUCGGCGGAGGAGUAUCCAUCUUGGAACGAGUCUGAUGUCACUGCUAUGAUGUCCUCUUUCAGCAAUGUCAUCGAGUAUCCGGCAGCCGACGGACACGAAAUGUCAGACCCGCCGGUCAAACAAGAGCUUGAUAAGUCGGAUCAACUACAGCAAGACCAAGAUCAACCAAGAAAAAAACACUAUAGAGGCGUACGGCAGCGACCAUGGGGCAAAUGGGCGGCCGAGAUCCGUGACCCAAAGAAAGCUGCUCGUGUAUGGCUCGGGACUUUUGAGACAGCAGAGGAAGCUGCUUUAGCCUACGACCGAGCCGCCCUCAAAUUCAAAGGCACCAAAGCUAAGCUCAACUUCCCUGAACGCGUCCAAGGUCCUUCGACCACAAGCAACGUCGCAUCUCAAUCCAGCUGUGAUCAUGCCCCAAGAGAUGGUAAUGAAUUAAUGAACUCCGCUCCUCCUCUUCUUGGUCCAUCUACUACUACUACUACUUCGUGGCCAACGGAUUAUAAUCAAGACAUACUUCAAUACGCUCAGUUGCUUACGAGUAACAAUGACGUUGAUUUAUCGUACUACACGUCGACUCUCUUCAGUAGUCAGCAACAGCCUUUCUCAACGCCUUCAUCAUCAUCUUCUUCCUCGUUAACUUCUCAACAGAUGCAACAGCAGCCUCAGCGUGAAGAGGAGAAGAACUAUGGUUACAAUUAUUAUUACUACCCAAGAGAAUAAUCUCAUUAUUAUUGUUGGUCGAAUAAGUUUCUUAUAAAUCUCUAUCAUAAAUUCGUAGAAGCGAGUAAAUUGCAACGAAACUUUGGUUGGAUGAGAGACGUGUGCACUUUGUUUUUUCUUAGUUGUUAGUAAAAUUUGGAAGUACUGAUUGGUCAUGUCUUAAGUUAUGUGUAAAACAAUGUUUAAUUAUUUAUAAAAAUCAUGUUUACA